UUUUCUUUUGGAAGGAGCAAGAGACAAUAGAGUAGCGAGAGGACUUUCUACUUCCGGCCAGGCAGUUCCGGUUGGUGGUGGAGUUGCUGGAGGGAAAGUGAGGGGAAGUAUCUAGGCGGAGGCCGGUCCGCCGCGUGCAGGUUUUGAAAGGGCCUCUCCUUCGCCGUCGUUUAUUUUCGUGGGUUGUGGUGAAACCGCAGUAGGAAAUAGUCGAGCUGAAGGUAUGUCAGAACACAACGACAGUUCUACAAGUGUUGAUGAAUUUCACCAAGCUUCAGAAGAGGUCCAGUCUGAUUCUGAGGAGACUUCAAUGGCUCAGGAAUCUCCCAAAAAUUCAGCAGCAGAGAUCUCUGUCACAACCAAUGGAGAACUUGAAGAUACACAAGAACACAACUUUAAUAGGGACUUGAAGCGUUCCCUACCAGCUGGACUUGGUUUGUCUGAGACACAAAUUACAUCACAUGGCUUUGACAGUACCAAAGAAGGCAUCAUUGAAGCUGGACCGUUCCAAGGUUCUUCAUCAUUACCUAUGUCACCUGUUAUAUCACCUAGCAGUGCAGCAGCUAGCAGAUUGGCUGGACAAGGGAGUGAUUUAAUAAUUCCGAAAGGCAGUGUAAGAAUGCAGCAGAAAAGUGGACCAGUUGUUCUAGCAGAGGAGGUGAAGAAUCCAGCAAUGGAGAAACUUGAGCUUGUAAGAAGAUGGAGUUUGAACACUUACAAGUGCACUCGUCAGAUAAUCUCUGAGAAGCUGGGCCGAGGCUCACGAACAGUAGAUCUAGAGUUGGAAGCACAAAUAGAAAUUCUGAGGGAUAACAAAAAGAAGUAUGAAAACAUCCUGAGACUGGCACAAACCUUGUCAACUCAGCUUUUCCAGAUGAUGAAUACUCAAAGGCAACUUGGAGAUGCAUUUGCAGACUUAAGUUUGAAAUCAUUAGAACUUCAUGAGGAGUUUGGAUACAAUGCAGAGACACAGAAACUUCUGGCUAAAAAUGGUGAAACUCUUCUUGGGGCAAUUAAUUUUUUUAUUGCUAGUGUGAAUACCUUGGUGAAUAAAACUAUUGAGGAUACAUUACUUACCGUGAAGCAAUAUGAAAGUGCCAGGAUUGAGUAUGAUGCUUAUCGCACAGAUCUAGAAGAACUGAAUCUUGGCCCAAGAGAUGCAAAUACCUUGCCAAAGAUUGAGCACUCACAGCAACUCUUCCAACUGUAUAAAGAGAAGUAUGACAAAAUGCGCAAUGAUGUAUCAGUUAAAUUGAAGUUUUUGGAGGAAAACAAGGUCAAAGUAUUGCACAAUCAGCUUGUUCUGUUCCACAAUGCCAUCGCAGCAUACUUCUCAGGAAAUCAAAAACAGCUUGAACAGACGCUUAAACUAUUCCAUAUCAAAUUGAAAACGCCUGGAGUUGAUGCUCCAUCCUGGCUUGAAGAUCAGUAAUGGAAACAGGCCCGAAGAUCCCUCAAUCAACCCAGGAUCUUGUACACUUAAUGAGAAUCAAGGAACUUAAUAAGAAGGACUGUUUAUAAUAAUACUUGCAGAAGCAGCUUUAAUUUCUUUCCCCUUGAUAAUGUAGUAAUUUGGGAGGGUGGGUGGAUGUACCCAGAUGUAAUUUGCCACUUCAGAAACAAUGUUUUGUAUCUGUGGGUGGGUGGCUUUCUUGAAUAGGGAAAUAUAGAUUUGCACUGACAAAGAUGUUUGUGAUCUCUGGUAAUUGUGGUGCCUAGAUGAAAAAUUUUCCAAAGGGAGAUACUCAUAAUUUGUAUCAACAUCUGGUAUUUUAUAUAAAUGUAUUAAAAGUUCUCUCAAGAUUCUUUUUCAUGUAAUGGUGUUUAAAGAAUAAAUAUUUUAGAGUAACUACACAGGGCUUUUGAACGGCAUCCACACAAUCAGUGAUUGGCUGAUAUGUGGAGUUGCAGCAAAUACCUUUUAAAAAGUUAAAUCUUCCCACUGUAUGUUCGGAAACACUACAGAGAAAGGCCCUCUUAGUCUGAAGCUUUUAAUGUACAUUUUAGCACUGUAAAGAAGACUUGCUAAGAAAGCAGGGCUUAGCCCCAUUCAUUCCAUUUUUAACUUCAUAUAAAAACAUACCUUUUCUUGCCUUAAAUUCAAAAAGUGCCUUUGCAACACUUCCUGUAUAUAGUCUAAAAGAAGCUUUUGACUGAUCUCUUUUUGAAGAGAGACUUAAGGCCAGUCUGGAUUAUGUGUGUUUCCAUCUGAACUGUGGAAAUGUCACCUUAUUCUAGUGGAUUGUAUGUUUAUUUUUCCCUUAAUCAUUAGUUACUAAAUGUACAAUUCUUUCUUGUCAUAGCCUUUUAUAAUUCACUGUUCUGAAGCAUCUUUUUUGCACACUUUCCACUGCUUUUUGUGUUUAUAUAGAUGAAGUACUUAAAGUAACUUAUCAUCGCUUAUAUGGAUUGUAUAAUUAUGUAUUAUAUGUUGAAAUAGAUUCAAAUUCUAAAAUGGUUUUGUUUCAGUCUUAAUGUAAAAUGUUUAUCAAGUACAACUUAAAUCAUUCCUUAUUACA